AUGGCGCCUUCCAAGUCCUCGAGUGCAACGGCCAGCUCUUUCUCGAGCAGAUCUGUCCCCAAAGAUCGAUCGGGUAACCCAAUCCCUCAUGGCAAACGAUGGGCCUAUUUGACCACGGCCCUAUCUAACUCCAAAAUAAUCUCCCUUGGAGCGUAUACAGCUCUUGUGGCUGCGUUCAUAUCUUUCAACUCCUCUGCUACAGGCCACAAUUUCUACGAUUAUCUGGACAAUAUGUACGGUGUGUACAAUAUGAACCUGUGGGGAACUUUUAUCAUCACAUCUGUAUUCUUUUGGCUGUGGUCUGCUGUCUUUGCGAUUCCCGACUUGACCGGAUGGCCAGUGUGGCUUUUCAAAUAUAAAACCCAACCUUUUGUGCGGGUCAAUGGAAAGGCAUAUUUCCGCAUUGCGAUGAUCUCCUUGCGAAACCAAGUCCUCGUUGCAUUCCCUUUGCUACUACUGGGGACUCUCACCACGCGUCCAAUGCCGGUGGCUUCGAAAUUCCUACCGUCACCACUCAAAACGAUUGCUACGAUUAUAUUCGAUAUCUUCUGCACCGAAGUCGGCUUUUACUACGUCCACCGCCUGUUUCACUCGAACCUACUAUAUCCCACCUUCCACAAAAAACAUCACGAAUUCACCGCCCCUGUCGGACUAGCGUCGACGUACUGUACAGUUGCGGAACAUGUGUUUUCGAACUUAUUGCCCAACUCUAUCGGGACACUGCUUGUCCCUCAUCAUUGGUCUCAAGCUGUUUUCACCUUCUUGUUCCUUGAAUUCGGUACCAUCUGCACACACUCGGGGUACAAUAUUCCGGGGAUGCCGUCGAAUUUGCAACACGACUUCCAUCAUUUCGCUUUUGAUGAAAAUUUUGGUCCAACGGGUAUUUUGGAUGCAUUUCAUUGCACGGAUAAGAAGUUCAAGAGGACGAUGGAGGAAGCUAGGCAAAGAACUCGAGGAGAUGACGAAGAGGCAAGGAAGAUCGUGCUUGGAAACCUGGCCCGAGUGGGGAUCACGGAAUGA